ACUGAAGUCAAAAUCCCCAAAUUGAGUCAAAUUUCGGGUUCGAAACCGAAAGAGAGAAAUAGAACGUAAAGAAGGAAGAAUCGGAUGCAUUCAAGUCAAGAUGAGUAAUCCAGAGAGAGCAAUCAAACUCACCAUUCAUUUUGGUGGGUUUAUGAAGAAUAAAAAUGAAGAUUACACUUACGAAGGAGAACUGGGCUCUCACAUCGUGAAUUGGAAAGCAUCACACAUUACUUGGAAAAUAUUUGUUGACUUCUGCAAGCUUGAAGCAAUGUUGCAUGCUCCUAUUAGGUUCAUAUGGUAUAAAGAGGCUGGGAAAGAGAUGAGGACAGUCAACUAUGUGUUUGAUGAUUCUGACGAAGACAUGUUUCCGUUGGUUAUGUUGGGGCAUAGUUCAUGUGAGCUUGAGAUCUAUGUGGAACAUGACAUUUCAGAAAAUAGCGAGAAUGCAAUCAUUCAUCUGCUACCAAGUAGUCAACUUGAAGAUAUUCAAAAUGGUGAGGACCCAAAUUUCAGUUCUGAAAGUGAUGUAGAUGUCGAGAGGCCAAAAGAAGAUGAAGAACCUGAGCAAUCUGAGGAUGAAAAACAUGAUGAAGGAUAUGAAGCUGAGGGUGAAGAUCAAGAUCAGGCUGACGGUGAGGCUGAGUUUGAUGAUAAUAUGGUCGAAGGUAGAGAUGCGAAUGAUGCUGGUGAUGGAGCAGCAAAGGGUUUAGGAAAUGAGAACACAAAUCUGGUUGAUGAGGGAGAUGAAGUAUAUUUAGAUGCUGGUGAUGGAGCUAAUGAUGAUCGUUUUCAGUCAGUAUUUGAGGAAGGUUCUAUGGUUGUACCUGAUAGAGAAGCAUAUAAAAAUACUGAUGAACAGGAUGCAAAUGCAAGAGAAGCAGCAAAAAAGAACCAGUUGUUGUGGAAGGUCCAAAAAACAGGCGUGGUAGACCUUGUAAACCACCGAGUGAGUUUCUGAGUCAUCCAAAGCCUCCACCAAAGCCAAGAGUAAGAAAGACUCCAGCCACAAGAAGUAGCUCACAACCGCAAGCAAAAAAAACUAGAGAGGCUACAAGUUCUUCAACAGCUUCCCAACAAGCAGGUGAAUCAAGCUCGCAGACGCCUGUGAUAUGUAGUGCUCCAGAACCAUCACUUUCAUCUGCUCAGGUCAAACCACAUGUCAAGAAACCUUCAAGAGGGCGACCACUGAAGGUAAAGAAAUCUGCUGUUUACAUUCCAAACGGUUGUGGAACAUUCUGGAGUCCAUACACAGAUCGACCAUUUGAAGUAUUUGGAAAUAGAGUGUAUGACUGAUCUGACCUAAACACACAUCCUCAAGAAAACACUCAAGAAAACCAGCAAGAAGGAGAACUAGAAGAUGUGCAGCAGUAGUUUGUUUUAGGCUAUAAAGUUCGUGUGAACAUGUUUAUCUAUCAGCUUUAAUUGUAGACAUUGUUUUUGGUGUGUUAAACUUUGGGUUGUUUAUCAGCUCUGUUGGAUGUGGCUUGUUUUAGACUUUUUUUUUGGUG